CGGGCACAGCAACAACCUCGUUAACAUCCAAAAGAGAUAUCAGACCACCUUUCCUGGGCUCUGAAUGAAAUGUCACUUUGCAUCCAGGCCGCAUCGACAUCUCAACUCGCCAUGUGGCCGCCACAUCUCUUUAGCGACAUGGUACAGACACCCAAGCACGAGGACCCAAGCAGUCAGAGUCAUGCUGUCCAGUUCACGGAGCCCGGACGAGGAGUUCCUACCACCACCGUCACUGCUGAAACGCAUGUCACAUAUCCAUUCCGGGCACAAGUGGCUCGAUAAUGGACCGGACCGGACCAGACUGGACUUUUGUCACUUGGUUCACCUGUCCAAAUGUGCCUCAAUCGGUGGCUUAGCCGAUGUGUCAAAUCCACUUUGACCCAAAAGGAGGAGGAGCAGGUUCAAGACCGGCAGCAGGACAAGCACUUCAGGGUCAUACUGCAGGCGCUUGUCAUUCAUCGCCUAAGCAAGAUCGCUGGGGGACAGGAAGAUGAGCCUGGAUCGUGCGCGCUCCCGAUCCCAAUUUGGCGGAACAGCUCAUCCAGAAGGGGCCAACAAUGCGCUCGGUGACCACGAGGCACAUCCCAGAUUCUAAGACGGCCCGGUAGAUGGUGUCAAAGGACCAACUAUCCAACGAGACCCAGGCACGGCGAAACGCUGUUGUGCUUGAACAACGCCUGAAGUCUACAAGCUGGCAGCUCGCGAACCAUGGAGAUGCCGUGUCAAACAAUGGCCAUUAUUUUCGCCGACUCAUAAACUAUGUGAAGCUGAACCUUUACAAUCCCUCGUGGCCAUGUCGCAGCCACCCGAUGCACCAUGGGACCCGGAUUCCACUGGAUGCAGCCCCCGUUUCCACCUGACACGAACAAGACGCUGGCGCUAAUACAUAUAUUCAGAAAUGCUUUUAGACUUGAAAACAGUCCCCC